AUGGGCCCGAUUCGGAGAUACCUGAGAGUCAGCAAGUGUACCGUCCUCGAAUGCCGAAUAUACCUAGAAAACCCGUCAGACUCGCGAUGGCUUCUGGACUCCCAUGGCGCUAUGCUACAGCGGGUGAUUGCGAGUAUUCGACCGCUAGUGCAACCUAAAUUGCGCGAGGAGAAGGAAAGGAUUAAGGCGAAGAAAAAAAGCAAGCCGGUCAAAGAUGUCCUCGUUGAAGAUGAUUUCGAGGUAUCUAUAUUCCUACGGGAGAGCGGGAGUCGCCAUUCGCUUCUCACACGACAGAAAACAUUCAAAAAUGAUAGAGGCCGGAUCACAAGUAAUUCUGAGAAAAUGACGAGUGGAACAAACGAUUCCCCGAUACAGAUACCGGAGCAAGGUUCAGGCGAAGCGAGAAUAUUGGUGGAGAGUGAUGAAGACGAGCAAAUUCCCUUUGCGAAUGACGCAGCAUUAGAUAGGUCGAAAGAUGAUGAGCAACAGGCCGUUGAGGUGGUGGCAAAUAAUGAUGCCACCAAAGAUGAAAAGAAACUAGGCCUUACGACCACAUAUGACGGGUUUGGAAUAUGGGGCUGGGUCCUUUGCCUUAUCAUCAAACGCAAGAAGCCGACAGAAACGGCCCAGAAAGGGAGUGCAGAAGCGCCAGGACAGGCUCUCAUGGAAGAGUGGAUUUGCACGCAAGCACAACAAGAAUACGAUGAUUAA